ACAAUCGAAUAAUAACAAAUUAGAGCUAGGGUUUAAUAGUUUUAUCUCUAGCUCAGUGGUGUCAUGGCUUCCGAAGAGAUCGCUCUACAUCGUCCCCAAAACCAUCACCAGCAGCAGACCCUAUUCUUCCAAAACGACAACCAUCAUCUCAACGGAAACACUAUCAACAACAAAACAACACGUGAACUCACUCGAUUUAUUGAACAUCAAAACCCUCACUUUCAACCCAAUCCCAAUUCCCAAUUUCGCCGCAGCAUUUUCGAACCUAGCGACGACGACGACGACGACGAUAAUGGAUCAGAUACUCCUAAUAAUGACGACGACGAAGACGACGAAGGUGGUCACGUGCUUGGAUUUGUAAAUACUAAUACUGAUAAUAAUAAUAGUAAUAAUAAUUUGAAUAGUAAUAAUGUUACUAAUAAUAGAAGUAGUGAAAAAAAUGGUAUUAAUGGCAAAAGAAAUCAUCUUUCUACUACUGGAAAUGAUGUAACGUCGAGUUCGAAUGACGGUGAUCGGAUUCAAGGGGAACUGUGUCUGUAUCAGAAUGCUGUUACUACGGUUGCACACCCGAAUGGUGAAAUGUACUAUCCUCACUGUCUUAAUGGGAUGGUGAUGGUGGUGGAGGGUUCGAGUGCCGGUUCAGGGAUUAAAGAUGUGUUGGUUGAUGAUGGCUCUUGUGGGUUUAGUGGAAGAAAGGAUGUUUCGAAUUCAGGGGAGUCGUUAAGGGCCAUACUCUCCGACCCUUUGACAGGAGCUCUCAUGGAUGACGCGAUGAUACUAUCUUGUGGCCAUUCAUUUGGUAGUAGUGGAAUGCAGCAUGUUAUGAGGAUUAAAGCAUGCUACACUUGUUCACACCCAGUGUCAGAAGGCUCAGUUUCUCCAAAUUUAUCCCUGCGAUCUGCUGUUCAUGCAUUUCUUAGGGAAGAAGGGGGGCAAACUCACCGUGUAUCCAAAAGAAGAAAUAGAUUAGAUCAGGAUGGAGUCAUCUAUGGCGAUUCAGCACUCGCAGACCAAUCGAGAAGCCAAGGUGUACAAUUUCCUUUUCGUGUGACUGAGCGUGUCAUUAUUAAGGGUAAUAAGAGGACGCCUCCCCGUUUUGUUGGCCGUGAAGCUAUUGUAACAACUCAGUGCUUAAAUGGAUGGUAUGUUGUGAAAACUCUUGAUAACGCGGAGAGUGUUAAAUUGCAAUAUCGGUCUCUAGCCAAGGUUCAAGAUUCUCAAAAGCCCUCAACCCUUGCUUGAAGUAUGAUCAUAACACCCAAUUGGCUCUGACCCUGAAUCAAACCUGACCUGACCCUGCGUGGGUCUAUCAUAUAUAGGUGAUACCAGUCCCCAUAUUUGUGGCCUCUGUAUAUAUGUAGAUGUGUUGGAUACUAUAAAUUAGUAUGCAAUGUGGGGGAGAAUUGUAUAGAGGUUCUGAAAGUGGUAGAUAAUUUAUUUAGCAAAAGUUGAUAGCUGAUACUGGUCUGGUGGCAUUUUACACCGAGUUUUCUGUGUAUGUAUCUGGUUUUUACUUCAAAAGAUAUAUACUGGAAUCGUAGACCAACAAUGUUUCACUGUGUUCA